AUGUUAACGGGCAGGGAAGUGCGGGACCUUGGCGUUCUAGUCGGCAAGGGCUUGAAUUUUGAGAACCAUGUUGACGCAGUAACGGCAAAGGAAUUUUUGAUCUUCUUCGAUGACGGUUUAGAAUAUGUCCAGGCUGCGUUUGACACUUGUGAUGAUGCUGCUAUGCAGGCUUCCAUAAUAAUGGAUGAUAGGAAUAUCGUGCAAUAG